AUGUGUUAUCAGAGAGCAACACCAACCAUCGUAAACGUCUUCUGACGCAGCAAAUAUAUAGGCGAGGGAGCUGGUCAAUGUCCAGCUCCACCACCUUCUGGGGCUGGUCCCCAUGCGCUUCAAAGGUCCUAGGAUCGCGAGGGUACAAGGAAAGACAUGUUUUCAGAGUUGCUGGAUGCCCUCAGUAUCAGUUCUUGCGGUCCCACAACUGGCAGCCACGGGCGGUGAAGGUGCAAGCCAUCUCAGAGGAGUUGCUAGCCAGGGAGGAGGAGGACAACUUCCGUUUUAACGGUGUCCAGAUAGACAGUACACAGAUAUACGGAGAGCGGCCAGUAAGCCAAGAAACUCUCAGCGUACACGGUGGGGAGAGGGAAGGCAGACCAAGGGUGUCUGACUCUUUGACCACUCCCAUCGUUCAGACAGCUACCUACACCUUCAGGAACACAGCAGAACUGAUCGCGUACCAAGAAGGACGCUAUGGAUCGUACGAAUACGGGCGCUACGGGAAUCCCACCACGCGGACUUGCGAGGAGAAGAUCAGGAUCCUGGAGGGUGCUGAGGAUUGCCUGGUAUCAACAACCGGGAUGAAUGCGGCAACUACCAUGCUGCUUGCGCUGGUGCCUGCUGGGGGCCACAUCAUCACCACUACAGACUGCUACCGGCGCACGCGCCAGUUCAUCCAGACUGUGCUGCCGAAGAUGGGCAUCACUGCCACUGUGAUCGACCCUUCUGAUAUGGAGGGGUUGGAGCGGGCGCUGAAGGCGCAGAAGGUGAGCCUGUUCUUCUCGGAGUCGCCCACAAACCCGUACCUGCGCUGCGUGGACGUGCCGACCAUUUCGCGGCUGUGCCACGCUGCGGGCGCGCUGGUGUGCAUCGACUCCACAUUCGCCACGCCCAUCAAUCAGCGCGCCAUCACCCUCGGCGCUGACAUCGUCAUCCACUCCGCCACCAAAUACCUGGCAGGCCACAACGACGUCAUGGCAGGCGCGCUGGCUGGCAAGGCGGACGUUGUGGCGGCAGUGCGCUCCAUGCACAAUGUGUUGGGGGGGACCAUCGACCCCCAUGCGGCCUACCUCCUCCUGCGCGGCAUGAAGACCCUGGACGUCCGAGUGCAGCGCCAGAACACGACGGCGAUGGAGCUGGCGCGGCGGCUAGAGGAGCAUCCGCGCAUAACGCGUGUGCACUACCCGGGCCUGCCCUCCCACCCCGACCAUCACAUCGCCGUCGACCAGAUGCUCGGCGGCUUUGGCGGCGUCGUCAGCUUUGAGGUGGAUGCAGACUUGUGGGGCACUGCCAAGUUUGUGGACUCUGUGCGGCUGCCAUACAUAGCGCCUUCCUUGGGCGGUGUUGACUCGCUCAUCGAGCAACCCACCGUCAUCUCCUACUGGGAUCAGGGUCCGGAGAAGCGGGCAGAGUACGGCAUAAAAGACAAUCUGAUCCGGUUCAGCUGCGGCAUAGAAAGCAUGGAGGACAUCUGGCAGGACCUGCUGCAGGCCCUGGCCAAGAUCUGAGCGCCUCGUGCUCCGCUGUAUCUGCACCAGCAUAAGUCUCUGUGCAGCAGUGAUGAAUGUACGAAGGCCGCUGCAGCGGCUUUGUCUUCCAGCAAGCCAUGUGGACUGGAGGGCUACAAUGAGAAAAAGUGCAAUUCACUGGUGUGUUACUGUGGUAGCCUGCUAUGCGUCACAGCACAGGACCUCGGAAAUUUGCAUGCAAAGGAGAGGCAGCAGUGUGCCUCUGUCGAGCAUUUCAAGCCGAACAGAAUUGAUUUAGAUUUCAUAGAUUGGGAUGUCUGUCAUUGAGCUUUGUUGGGCGCGGCAGGAGCAGUAUGCGAUGCCAGAAAAAUAUCUUGCAGGCAGCAAUUGGGAGUUGCAAGGAACAUCCCACGAAUACGGUAGUAGACGUCAGCAAUGUAGAGUCCAAAAGUUUGCACAUUGUUUGUGCUGUGUCUUACAGCGCCGUGCAAGCUUAAUGGGUGCAGACAAUCAAAGUUUCUAUAUAUUCUUCACGCAAGGCUGCACAUGUGCCCUUGACUGUCUGCCUCAAUUUUCUGACACAUUCCUGCGGAAAAUC